CGUCAAGUAAAGGGAGUUUUUGUCGUUGGUAGAAGGUAGAAGUACGUACAACCCCCCGUCGUGCAGCUUGAAAUGACUUUUUCUUCGUUCUUCCGGCUCCGACAGUACUAGCGUACUUGGCGCAUCAUGAACGGUCUCACUAGUAGUUGCGCAACAUUGUUGAUUUUAUUCUCAGUUUCCCUCCCGGCUGUUUCGUAGCAUCACCACCGUUUGUUGCCGCGGCAGAAGGGUAGCGUCGCAAAAGUCGCUACGCGGCAAUAUCGUUCGGGCAAACAACCGAGAAGUCGUCAACAAAAUAAGUGUAGUUUUUUUUUCGCGUGUAGAAGGACACUACAGAAGUGGGAAUUUGUGGUAAGAACAAGCCAUGACGGAUCGGUACUAUCCGAAGGGCUUCGUGCCCAAUGUGGGCAACAACCCGCAGGGCACGCUUGAGUCGACCUACAAUGAGAUGAACGAGUGCAAGACCCACCCGCGCAGCCGAUUUCCGCCGGGCUACAGCGGUCACGAGCACGGCGCCAAGCAAAAGUUCGGCUACUCGAUCCCCGCACCAAAUGCCUUGCCGAAGGAACGUAAGCUUUCGUUCUUUUGUUAAUGAGAAGAUGGUCGUGUUUUCUUUUCAGUAGGGCAGAACUACGUGUACGCAUCAUCUAUUGGCAUGCGUCAUUCAGUUCAGCUAGAACCAGAAGGACAUUUUUGUGGGUCGACGACCGAGCGAAACCUGCUCAAGCAGGAGUCUGAUUUUGUUCAUGAAAAAAAAACAGCCAUCAAUCCGGAGGAUCCACUCGUGAACUACCGUGUGGGCAAGCACGUCACGUACGAACCCCUGCCAAACAGGAAAUUGAUUCUCAACGAGGCGCCACCACCACCGCCAAAGGCGGUCCUGAACUACCGGGGGGUCGAGGCACAGGCGGAAUCGCUCACCGCAGAGGACGAAAAAAUGUGGUAUAUAUAAAUGCGUUUGCAGCUGCACCUAUGAUUUGAAUUUCGGGUAAGCAUGCAGCAUGGUGAAAUCUCCAUGAGUUGUUGUGUCUUUUGCGUCUUAUUUGGAGGUCUCUUAUGUCUGUGACUCAUCUUCAGAGUGAAGCAAUCACCACGACUUGUUUUCUCAAGAGUCAAGACAACAUCGAUUUAUAAUAUCAACCUUCAGCACCUUCACUCCGCAAACAUCGGCGUACCUGAACUCGGUACACGGGAACGUGGGAUCGGCGAUAGAAAAGGAAAAGCCCUACACCCCGGCAAUCUACGGCGAGGGAACUGGGUUCAACUCCGCGUCCAGCUACGUGUCCUGGUUGCCCCCGGGCGAAAUCGAGGGCAGCAGCACCACCAAGGACGCCUACCCCCCGCCGGCCACCCGGUUCACGCCCAAAGGACUGGACUGCCUGCAGUACACCCUCAACAUGCAGAAGGCGUGAAGCUGCUUGUGGUACAGUUUUUUUUGUUUUUCGUUCAUCACCGGUGGUUGUUUAGUACCAUUGACAUUGUAGAAUUGGAAUUUCCUGGUCCUGAUGUCAUUAGGUUGCAACCAACAUGUUCGGAAGUAGGGAGUUCCUUCUUGUUGCAUCGUGUCCAGAAAGUAGCAUGAGAAGAAAAAUAUGUCGUGAAAAUUCGUCUCAGGUAUUUCAGUGGGUGAAGAAAAAUUUUCAACAAGCAGACGAGAAAAAUUUUGUUUCGACAAGAUGAGAAGGAGAACAGAAAGGAAACGAGACUGUAGAAUCAAGAUGCGGCCACGGUGUUGCGAACAUAUUCCCAUCUCAAGUUGUGGACGAACGAUUUGAUGCUAUAAAAAUCCUACCUUGUUUAUUUCUGCCUCGGCACUGGCAAAACAAGAAGGAACAUCGAUCGUACUUUUUCGCUAACUAGAGAUACGCACUCUACAGCAACUCUCCUUCUAUUUUGUCAUUUACACUAAAAUUGUUGCAAUCGUCACGCGGCGCUCGGAGAUAGCAACAGCACAGAAGAAAAGCCGGUUUCAACUUCCUCGUGGCAAAAAUUCUUGCCACGCCUGUUUUAAUGUUUUCAGCUUCCAAAAAUAAAGCGUUUCAGUUUCAGCACCUUCAUGUUUAAUUUCACUAGACGAAUUUUACUAGACAGUACAGCAGCAGCAGAGCAUUUGAUCAGUACAGGUAAUUUUAUCACGCAGCGAGCUAUUGCUACGAAGACCGACAGGUGGACGGUAGGCAGGCACAGCACUGCCUCUUCCCGAUUAUCGUGAAAAGAAUAAAGUAUUUCGCCAGCAGUUUCGGAAAAUGUUUUGUACUUAUAAAAAGCAGAUUGUAUUUUAUUAAGCAGAAGAUGAAUUUAUUAUGCGAAAGCAAGACAAAAGCCCGUGCAGAGGAGCAGACGGCACAGGCACGUCGGCGCCAAAUAGAACUUUUUCAGCCCGUUACUUCUAGCAUCCAAUUUUGACAAGCAGCAGCAGGAUUUCUCACGCGGCAGGAUCCGUUCGUUGUAACAAAAAACUUAGUCUCCUGUGGGGAACGGAAAACGAGAU